CGCUGAUUGGUUGAAGUUAACGCACUUCAAACCAACAGUGCUCCUCGUUGACUCGUUGUUGAGACACUCAGCCAGCCACAACGAAUAAUCAUGGCAGACACAUCAACAUCAGCCAGUAACGAAGCUUGCACAAGUGUCUAUAAUGUCGUUAAGGAGUAUUACGGAAAAACGGUGAAGCAUUCGUCUGAUCUGCAAAGCAAUGCCUGUUUUCCUUCCACCAAGCGUGUCCCUGAGCACAUAAGAAAAGUGCUAGAUGAGAUCCAUCCAGAUGUUAUAGCAAGGUUCUACGGUUGUGGUCUGGUGGUCCCUGAAUGUUUGGAGGGCUGCAGUGUGCUUGAUCUUGGUUGCGGGACUGGUCGAGACUGCUACAUGCUUAGCCAGAUUGUAGGAGAAAAGGGACACGUAACAGGCAUUGACAUGACAGAAAACCAACUUGAAGUGGCCCAGAAGUACAUUGACUAUCACAUGCAAAAAUUUGGUUAUAAAAAACCAAAUGUGAAUUUUGUUCAGGGUUACAUUGAGGCCUUGGCAGAAGCUGGUCUGAAGGAGAAAUCUUAUGAUAUUAUAAUAUCAAACUGUGUGGUGAACCUGUCACCAGAUAAGGCCAGUGUCCUGAGGGAGGCUUACCGUGUUUUAAAGGAUGGAGGGGAAUUGUUCUUCAGUGAUGUUUAUAGUGAUACUAGAAUCCCAGAAGACCUAAAAACCAACAAAGUAUUAUGGGGUGAGUGUCUCAGUGGAGCCCUUUUUUGGGAAGACCUGAUGCGACUGGCUGAAGAAGUUGGGUUUUGCAAACCACGACUUGUUACUGCCAACAAAAUAACCAUUGGCAAUAAGGAACUUGAGAAGCUUCUUGGUGACUGCAAAUUUGUGUCAGCCACAUAUCGACUCUUCAAGUUACCAAAAUGUUCAAAGAAGGAUCCCUGUCUGGCCAUGUACAAUGGAAAUAUUACGGGUGUGGAAGAAUGCUUUGAAUUUGAUGUCCAAUAUACCUUCAAGGCAAAUACAGUAAUGGAAGUGGAUGGUGAUGUUGCAAGUAUUCUGAGCAACUCCAGAUUUUUGGAAGAAUUCACAUUGCAACCACACGGGGGGAACGUCUCUGCCUCUAAAGGCUGCAAUGCCAAACCCAAGACGGUGUCUAAUAAUCCCUUUGAGCUGGUCAAGCAGCUGGGAAGUGCGGGUAUAAAUCCAUCCACUGGAGGUUGCUGUGCAGGCCAGGAAACAUGCUGCAAGUGACUGCAAUAGUUUUAAAUUGAAAGAAAGUAUUAAUUUUGUUUUAAAGCUUUUUUGACACUAAAAAUUAAUAUUUGUUAUUGUUAAUUGCAAAAAAAUAUUGCUUGAUUGUAAAUAAAAAUAUUACCAUUAAAUUCAAGAUCACAUGAAUAUAAUGUAAUAUUAUAUCAGUGUAAUAUACAUGUAAAUAUUAUGCAAUUAUAGUAUAUUUACAGAAUAAAAUUUUAUCAUGGAUUGUAAAAGUACAGAAAUCAGUAAUUAUUCAGUGUUUUCUGUAGAAUUGAAUUAUACAUUCGCAGCAUUUAAAAGGUUAAUUGUGUUCAUACACUAAAAUCAUUUACCUCGUUUUGCAAAAAAAAUGCUCAUUUAUAAAUUA